GGGAGGGAGUGAAUGGGCGAGCGAGCGAGCGAGCUGCAGAUGAGGGUUAAAGGUGCUGCCGGCAGGCAAGUUUGAGGAAGGUCGCUGCUUGUGCGCUCCGGCAGCAUCAUGGCGGAGCAGAGCGACUCGCCCGUUCACGUCCAGCAGCCUCCGCAGCCGCCGCUGCUGCCAUCGCCACCACAGCAGGCGCCUAGUGCACCGCCUGCGGCUCCCGCUCCGGCCCCCCAAGCCAUCGGCUGGCCCAUUUGCCGGGACGCCUAUGAACUGCAGGAGGUGAUCGGUAGCGGUGCUACAGCUGUAGUCCAAGCAGCGCUAUGCAAACCAAGGCAAGAACGCGUAGCAAUAAAAAGGAUAAACUUAGAAAAAUGCCAGACCAGUAUGGAUGAAUUGCUUAAAGAAAUUCAAGCCAUGAGUCAAUGCAACCAUCCCAACAUAGUUACAUAUUAUACAUCUUUUGUGGUCAAGGAUGAGCUUUGGUUGGUUAUGAAACUGCUUAGUGGAGGCUCAAUGCUAGAUAUAAUAAAGUAUGUUGUCAACCGAGGAGAGCACAAGAGUGGUGUUCUAGAAGAAUCAAUAAUAGCAACAAUUCUUAAAGAGGUUUUGGAAGGCUUAGAUUAUCUACAUAGGAAUGGACAAAUUCACAGGGAUUUAAAAGCUGGUAAUAUUCUUCUGGGUGAAGAUGGCUCAGUACAAAUAGCAGACUUUGGUGUUAGUGCUUUUUUAGCCACAGGAGGUGAUGUUACCCGUAACAAAGUUAGGAAGACAUUUGUCGGUACUCCAUGUUGGAUGGCACCUGAGGUCAUGGAACAGGUGAGAGGCUAUGACUUCAAGGCUGAUAUUUGGAGUUUUGGAAUAACAGCCAUUGAAUUAGCAACCGGAGCUGCGCCUUACCACAAAUAUCCUCCAAUGAAAGUAUUAAUGCUGACAUUGCAAAAUGACCCUCCAACUUUGGAAACAGGCGUGGAAGAUAAAGAAAUGACUAAAAAGUAUGGAAAGUCCUUUAGAAAACUAAUUUCACUGUGUCUUCAGAAGGAUCCUUCUAAAAGGCCUACAGCAGCUGAACUUUUAAAAUGCAAAUUCUUCCAAAAAGCAAAGACUAGAGAAUACUUGAUUGAAAAACUGCUUACAAAGACGCCCAACAUAGCACAAAGAGCAAAAAAGGUUAGGAGAGUACCAGGGUCCAGUGGCCAUCUACACAAGACAGAAGAUGGAGAUUGGGAAUGGAGUGAUGAUGAAAUGGAUGAAAAGAGUGAAGAGGGCAAAGCUGCUUUUUCUCAAGAAAAGUCACGAAGAGUAAAAGAAGAGGAGAAUGCUGAGAUUUCCAUGAAUUCCAGCAACAUACCUGAUCAAAUACAGAAUUUGUCUAUAAAAGGACCUCAGACUCCACCUGCUGUUAGCAAUGAAUAUGGUGAAAUUCCAUGCGCAGUGAAUCUUGUUCUAAGACUAAGGAAUUCCAGAAAGGAACUUAAUGACAUACGAUUUGAGUUUACUCCAGGCAGAGACACAGCAGAUGGUGUAUCUCAAGAGCUGUUCUCUGCAGGCUUGGUUGAUGGCCAUGAUGUAGUUAUAGUUGCUGCUAAUUUACAAAAAAUAGUAGAUGACCCCAAGGCCUUGAAAACAUUAACCUUUAAGCUGGCUUCCGGCUGUGAUGGUACCGAGAUCCCAGAUGAGGUAAAACUGAUUGGGUUUGCUCAGUUAAGUGUCAGCUGAUGCCCAUCACUCCCCCCCAGCAAAAUGGUGAGAUUGCAAAGAGGCCAGCUUUCCAUUGCAAAGGAAGAUUUCCAAGCACCACACACUGAGUUCUGCUUUAUUCUGUAGCAAUUCACCAAGUUGGAACAAGCGAAGCCCACAGCUACACUGCUCUUGCUAACAAUCCAAAAGCUACUAAAUGUGUCUCUAGCAAUCAGUUCGGAUUUCCCUGAAGUGAAAACAGACAGAUUGGAAGUGCACUCAGGUGGCUGUAUCCAUUGGUUACAAAAGGAGUUUUCUAUCAGAGCUUUUUCUUUAAUUAAAAAAAUCUAGUAAUAACUAUUUUAGUGGAUAAUACCAAUGCUCUUCUGUUGUAUGUAGAAUGAAACAUAACAAUACAUGCUAGGGUUUAUUAGCCAAACUUGAAUUCCUCUUUCAAAACCAACUGUGAAUCUUAUUUCCCCCUUAUAUUUAUGCAUUGUGCAUCCUAGCUGUAAGAAUCUUUUUUCUUUCAUUUCUUGAUUUAUGUGCUUCUUGCAGUUUAAAUAUGUUUCUUUCAGGAGAGUUUCAGGUUUAUCUUUAAAGUAUUUGUCACAAUUUGUAGUUUUUGAACUGAUGUAGACUUUUAGUUUUGGUUACGUUUGGUUUGUAUGUCCUUUUAAAAAUCUGUAAUGGGAUGGUCAAGGGCGUGGGAGGUGCCUUGCAGAUAUUAAUGUCCGAAGAUUGUGCCUGUGGAUUGGAGCUCAUCUCAUUUCUAGACCCACAGUGUCUAGAUCGCUGAGCAAUCAGGAAGAUUUACUGUAGCAGAAACUUGAGAUGAAUAAGUAUGACCUGCAUUCUGACUUGUUGGGGGAAAUCUAGAAGCUGAAACUUUUAAUAAACAGUUGCCAUUAAGCUAAAAUGCCUUUAAUUUGCCCACCUCUGAUUUGGCUUAUCUUUAGGGGAUAGGAAUUGUUUUAUAAUGUUAAAACUUGAAGAGAAUCCAAGCUUUACUUGAAAUUCUGUAGAAUACCCAUAUGAGGAGUGCAAAUAAUAAGAAAGGGCUUUGUGCAAUGACUUAAAAGAUACAAGAAACAAAAUUCUGUUAUGAAAAUUGUAAGUACUUCUGACUGAAGUAGUUGUACGCUUAACCUGUGGCAUAGAUGUUUUGGAGCUAGUAAACAUUAGAAGGAUUCUCUAAUCUGAAGCAUAUUUUUGGAGAAGUGGAUUUCUUGGAUGUUUCCUUGUUGCACCACUUCCUUGCUAAACUUAGAUAAAUGGCAGCUCUCUAACAUAUGGGAAAAAUGGCAAAUGUGUUAUGUAAGACUUAUUUAUAAUGCCUUGUCAUAAAUGUUUGAGGUGUUCUAGAGCCAUUUGCAUACAACUCAGUGUAAUUUCAUUCCAUUCUAUUGUUUACACAAUGAUUACUCAAAGACUGACUGCAGAGGUAAAAGGAAAAUAAAACUGUAUUGC